UGCCAGCCGCGUUCCGCCCAGCGGGGCCGUGGGUCCCGGGGGCCUGGUCCGGCGGACGCGCGGCGGCGGCGGCGGCGCCGGCUGGGAGGUGAGUGUGCGGCCCGCGGGCCCCGGGGCCCCUUGGCUCCAGCCUCCGCCUCCCGGUCGGUCCGCGCGUGCUCCGCCGGAGAAGCGUCGGGCCUCGGGGGCGGCCCGGGGCCGGAGGGCCAGGCCAGACCGCGCGGGAGCCGGGGACGCCUGCGGCCCAGCAGGCGCCGGAGUUAUUUUUAGAAAAAAGAAACAUGGAAAGUGGUGCGGUUCUGCUGGAAUCCAAAUCCUCACCCUUCAACCUUCUGCAGGAAAUGCACCAACUACGCCUUCUUGGUCACCUGUGUGAUGUGACUGUCAGUGUGGAGUACCAGGGUGUCCGUGAAGAGUUCAUGGCCCAUAAGGCCGUGCUGGCAGCCACCAGCAAGUUCUUUAAGGAGAUGUUCCUUAAUGAGAAGACUGUGGAUGGUUCGAGGACUAAUGUCUACCUAAAUGAAGUGCAAGUUGUUGACUUUGCCUCAUUUCUCGAGUUUGUGUACACUGCAAAGGUACAGGUUGAAGAAGACCGUGUGCAGCGAAUGCUGGAAAUGGCUGAGAAACUAAAAUGUCUGGACUUAUCGGAAACUUGUUUUCAAUUGAAGAAACAGAUGUUGGAGUCAGUACUUCUGGAGUUGCAGAACUUCUCGGAAUCUCAGGAGGCAGAAGCGAGCAGUGGCUCCCAACCCUCUGUUGCCCCUGACCUCGGGGCAAGUCCAGCAGUGGACAGUCCACUCCCUAAUGGCCUCGGGGAGUCAGAUCCCUUGGCCGAGACAAUCAGCAAUGGCAUGUUGCCAGAUACACCCCCAAGGAAGUCCAAGGAGAAACCAGAGAAGAAAAAAGAUGCAGUUAAGCCUCCCUACACGAAAAUCAGGAGGGCCAGUGGACGGCUGGCUGGAAGGAAGGUGUUUGUGGAAAUACCUAAAAAGAAGUACACAAGAAGGCUCCGGGAGCAGCAGAAAAGUGCUGAGGAUGACACAGGGGACCACUGCGGCUUCCAGGACCCCAGCUCCGACACCGCGGGAGCAGAGAUGGAGCCCAUCACAAAACGGGAGGAGGGUGGCGCAGGGCCUGUGGCAGCACAGGCGCUGCCAGCAGCGGGCCACGGGGAGGACGAUGAUGAGGACGACGAGGGUGAGAAGAGGAAGAGCAACUUCAAGUGCACUAUCUGUGAAAAGGCCUUUCUGUACGAGAAAAGCUUCCUGAAGCACAUCCGGCACCACCACGGGGUGGCUACUGAGGUGGUCCAUCGCUGUGACACGUGCGGCCAGACCUUCGCCAACCGCUGCAAUCUCAAGAGCCACCAGCGCCAUGUGCACAGCAGCGAGCGCCACUUCCCAUGCGAGCUGUGUGGCAAGAAGUUCAAGAGGAAGAAGGAUGUGAAGCGACACGUGGUGCAGGUGCACGAGGGCGGCGGCGAGCGGCACCAGUGCCAGCAGUGCGGCAAGGGUCUGAGCUCCAAGACGGCGCUGCGGCUGCACGAACGGACGCACACGGGCCACAAGCCCUAUGGCUGCACUGAGUGUGACGCCAAGUUCUCGCAGCCCUCAGCGCUGAAGACCCACAUGAGAAUUCAUACAGGGGAAAAACCUUUUGUCUGUGAUGAAUGUGGUGCAAGAUUCACUCAGAACCACAUGCUGAUUUAUCAUAAAAGGUGUCACACAGGUGAAAGACCUUUUAUGUGUGAAACAUGUGGCAAGAGUUUUGCUUCUAAGGAGUAUUUAAAACAUCACAAUAGAAUCCAUACUGGAUCCAAACCCUUUAAAUGUGAAGUUUGUUUCAGGACUUUUGCCCAGCGGAAUUCACUCUAUCAGCAUAUUAAAGUCCACACAGGGGAACGUCCUUAUUGCUGUGACCAGUGUGGUAAGCAGUUCACCCAGCUCAAUGCUCUCCAGCGUCACCAUCGCAUCCACACGGGGGAGAAGCCAUUCAUGUGUAAUGCAUGUGGGCGGACGUUCACUGACAAGUCCACUCUGAGGCGGCAUACCUCGAUACAUGAUAAGAAUACUCCAUGGAAGUCUUUCCUUGUCAUUGUAGAUGGCUCACCCAAGAAUGAUGACACGCACAAGACUGAGCAGCCGGAUGAAGAAUAUACGCCACCCAAACUUUCGGAUAAAUUGCUGUCUUUUGCAGAAAAUGGCCAUUUUCACAACCUAGGCACAGUCCAAGGCAGCAUACCUACAGUGCACGAGAACAAUUCUGCAGAUACAGCCUACAAGUCAGACCGUUGUGUGGGGUCUCAGGAAACGUUGCUGGCCACUACCAUCAGUGAGCUUAGCGAGCUGACUCCACAGACAGACCCGAUGCCCACACAGCUUCACUCGCUGACCAACAUGGAAUGAGCGCUUACUUACCUGCCAGGCAGAUGCUACGCUGCAUCUCAGCAUGGGUGAUUGCUGUACGUGGAUUAACACCAGGGGCCAAGAUCUGUCUGUGGACAGAGUGGACAAGAAUACCUUGUGCACAUUUUCCUGAAUCUCUGCUAACUUGCACGUCUUUCUCAAAGCGUUUUUAGAGCUUCCCCUUAAAAAUCCCAGUCCGCAUGAUCUCAGCUACACUUGAUCAACAAACAAGGCAGUUAUUAACAUGACCUCACUGAAUCCUGGUGCAGGUCAGAUGUGAAACCGUAACGCAUGUCUUGACGGGUAUGAAGUUUGGGCAACUACAUAAUUGUAGAAUACAGAGUCCUGGCCCAGUUACUGUUAGCAAUCUCCCUGGUCACAGCCUGCCUUACCCUUCCGUGUGGGUUUAUUUCCCUGAUACUUUUAAGCUAUUUUUCUACCAAGCUGAAGUAAAACUGGGACCAUGUAUUUCAGCUCUUUCCUCUUGAACUGAAGCAAGUCCGAUUCGCUCUGGGGACCUUGAGUUGGAUUGAAGAAAUGGAUGGUUGCAUUUAUUCCCCUUCGCCUCCUGUCUGUAGGCACUAAAACAGGAGUGACAGAUUCGAACACUUGAAAAUGGCUUAGUCUUCACAGCUAGGAAGCUGGCCAUGGAAUCACUGCUGAAAUGAAGUUGGGUUUCAUUCCUAAAGUCUGAUUAGGUACAAGCUGUCCUACCAAAGAUUCUAGCAGCAAAUGGUGUCGUAGUUUUUGCAGAUACGAAAAGUGAAGCAAGAGGUUUUGAACACUCAAAACACUGUGGAGUCCUUUUAUUCACCAGUAGCAGUGGGGUGAUCUGACAAAUCUUAGAACACAGUGUUAGCAUUUUUGGCUGGGUUUUCCUGACUUACUCUGUGAUUUUCAAAAACCCAGAAUUUCUCAUCUACGCAUCAGGAGCUUGAAACGGGCAAGUAAUUUCCACACAUCUAUUUCCUUGGAAACAUGAGCAUGUAAGCGGAAGGGAACUCGUCUUUGAUGAUGCCUUAAGAGCGGAUUGUGAAGAACCACUGACUGUCUCCAGUGCUCGUGUGGCUGGCCCCUGCUGGCCUUCUGCUUAAAAUGAAUUUGCAGUGUAGUUCCGCUGUAUUUGCUAAGCCUGAAUCCUGCUUCCAGUGGCUCGGGUGUGUUACCGCAUGCUAAUAAGUGCUUUGACUCACAUGUAACCCUCAACACAUUAAAGAGAGAACCGUGAAGAAUUCUUUUGUUCACUAGUUGCUAUUUUUCUUACGUUUUAAUUUAUUGAACUUGCUGUGAAAACACACUCACUUUCUAAGAGGAACGUACUUUAUCCUGAGGUCCAGGAUGAAGAUGCAGCUGCACUAUGUCAGAAACUAACGUGGGAAGGCUUUUCCCUCAAUGCUUAUUUUCUAACUCGUAACAUGUUACAUUAAUAGUAAAGCCACUCUGAGAUGUUUUAGGUGCUGAUAACCUGUUUCACACUUGCUCUUGAAGAUGGCAGUACUGAAUUUUCAACCAUGACAGCAUACUCUGGUUGUGUUUACAGAACAACAAAACUGUCACACAACCAUUUCACUCUUCGUGAGAGAAUGAGCCUGCCCAGCGGAUGUAUUGUUUCAUGGAGUAAAGUCAUCUUAAUGAGAAGGAAUUUAAAUAGAUUAUUUUGUUACCUACUCGAAGAAUUUGUCUUGAAUUUGUUUCUUUAGAAAUUCUACGAAAAAUCAUUUAAUGUGUUAAUAAAUGUUUGCUUUCUAAAAAGUU